GGCUUAUAAGUCGGACACUUCACCAUUAGGCUUGUUUGAGAUUAGCAAAAAAUUUAUAUUUUUUGUUCUUGACUUUUUACAUUUAUAUUUUUAAUGAAUUCCUUUAAACUUUUGUAUUGGUGUUGAAUUAUUUGUACUGUGAGCUGUUUCCACAAAUUUCACCUUGUUGAAUCUCCUUAUAAACAUCUUAAUGUAACUGUUAAAUGUAAAUGCAUUGUUGGUAUUUCAGUUGCAUCGAUUUAAUCCGCGAUAAAAUACGCGAACGUGAUCUCUUCUAUUACUGACGUCUGUAGUCAACACAGCGAUAAUGCGAGAUUCAGGAAGUUUCUAGUUUGCCUGCAUCUUUUCCACUGCUCCCCUCAUUGCGGCUGCCUACUCUCGCCUGCAGUAGUAAAUGUGACGUCUCCUCGCAAAAGGUCAAACUUCCUGCGGCGACAGGAUGACAUCAGAGUACCGCGAGAGCGAUUCGAUAACCCUACGGAGAAGUCUAAUUUCGACUCACUCUCGCAGUACUUUGACGUCAUCCGGCUUUCUGUUCUUGCGGCGCCGCAUGAAGUCGAACACACCUAGAGAGAUCGGAAGAUUGCUCCUUGGAUUUUAACGAAGGUCAAGGGUCAUAGCAAGCGCGAUCGCCCCAGUGCAUUCCAUGGUGGUGAAUGCUGACACGUGUACACGUGAACUUUGUUGCAGUCAGUGGGACCACUGAGAACAUCAUUUUCAAGAGCGCAGACAUUCAAGCAAAUGUUCAAGUACAUAGAGCCUAAAAAGCGUACCCCUGACAGUUACGAUUCUGCUGUUUGUGAUCUACAAUCUGAAGACAUUCAGGACUAUAAAGGCAUAAAGAAAUGACUGACUCAGAAAGGACAUUUCUACACACCACCAUCACUGACAUCUUGCCUGACCUUCCAGAGGUGACCAAACAUAUUUUAGAAGAGACCUUGCAGUCUCUUGGUGUGGAGACAAGGGAUGACUUUAGGUUUAUUGAAGAAGCUGAUUUGCUGUCAGCAUUAAGGCCAGUUCAAGCCCGCAAAGUCCUUGCUGCUUUGAAACUGAGGUGUCAGACUCCUGAAAGCAGCAGCUCAUCUGGUGAUGCCUUGCCAGGGCCUUCAACAAGUGUUUGUUCAUUUUCACCCCAAAGUUCACAAUCAACCUCUCCCAUCAGCUCCCAAAACCCUAAUAUAGACUGGAUGGACACCUUUCUGGUUCCAUGGGAUAAGUUACCAGAGGAACUGAUACAAAUAUUUGAAAGAGGAAACCGACCAAGUCCACGUAUGAGAAGAGAGAUGGUCCGGAUUGUGGUUCGGGAGAUGAUACAAAAAAAUCGUUGCCCAAGUACGAAGAUUUCUAAUGAAGUUGCCAAGAAGAUGGUAGCAAAAUAUCCUAAAUCUCUGCAAGACGUAAUUGAGGGAGAGGUGGUUGGGCUAGGGUACCACUCUUUGGCUAAGCAGUUGCAGUACAGGAUAGAAAAUGUGAAACGAUGUACAACCCCAAAAAUAAGGAAAAGAAAAUGUUGCUCUGAUGAGUGUGACACCGAUGAAAUCUCUCCAGAACAGAGGGCCGCAAUGCAAGAUACUUAUGGCUGCAUUAACUGGCAUUUAAAAUUCCUGCCCCUUGGAGAGACCGAAGAGAGACAGCGAGAAAAGAAAGAACAACUGAAGAGGAUGUUUCUGCAAACUGAAACAAAUGCAGAGGAGGUCAAGCAUCUAAUGAAGUUGACUUUCUAUACACAGCGUAAACAAGUCAACCAAGGGGAAAAUAUGAAACAUCUCCUCAAAGAGUGGCCAUUUUGGUUCAGCGAGCUUGGCAUGACAGUCCACUUUAAGGAACUUACUGGAAUUGGGCUUAUAGAAACUUUCACACGGAAUGUGGUUCUGAAGGGGAAACGACUCUUGAACUACUUCAAUACUGUUGGUGUAAACAAGAACAAAAAGUUCCUACAGGCUGUAACAAACUUGAAAGUGAUCAGGGGAGAGCUGAGUGAUGGCUCUGAAGAUGUCAAAGAGAUGUUGCUGCUUUUGUUGUCUUACUUUAAUGAUAAGGAAGACACAAUGUUCUGUUAUGUGGAGGACACCUGCCUGCCAGAGGAAGUUCCGAUGGGUCAAGUUCAUCUGACUCCCAGCCUUGUUGUAUGUGGUCGAUCGUGUUUUUCUGCGAAGCGGUUCAUGCUAUGUGUGGAUCAAAACAUUGUUCACAACAAUAUCCCCUCCUUCAUUUCCGCAGUGUGCUUGAUGUUUGGCAGCUAUUACUGCUUUAAUAUACACUACCCAUCACAGCUGGCAUCAACUCUUGAGUUUUUGCAGAGGUGUUUUUUUUCCAUCAACCCAGAGAAGGGCACUAAGGUGGAGAAGACAAACACAUCACGUCUCCAUGUAAACCCAAGAGUUCUGACCUUGAUUCAGGAACUUUCAGAUCAUGAGUGGCGUGAUGUCUAAAACUUUGAAUAUGGACCUUAACGGUUGGUUUCAGGUCCUGUGUUUUGUUCUUAGGAUUGGCCAGAUCAUUUCAGACAAAAUUGAUACAGACAAGUUUGUGUACAAAUAACUUUAAUAGGUGUUAAAUUUUCUGAUUUGCCAUCAUCUACCUCAAUUUAAAGAGCACUUUGUAGAUAUUGGUAUAUUUGUUUUAUUGCAUGUAAAGAGGAAAAUGCAGUGAUCUUUAAAAGGUGUUAAAACUUCUGUGCAUUGAAUAGUUUAAAGAGAAAAGCUUAUUUCUUUCAUUGACUCUCUUUGUCUUUUUCUCUUUGAGUCAGUGAUGAUCAAGAUAAUAUAUAUAUAUUUUUUGUAGAUGAUGUUUGUGUUGUUUGUAAAAAAAAGUACAGUACACAUUACAAAUUUGUAUGUUAACAAAUGACAGAUGUUUUGUCCACUAAUUUGAUGUGAAUAAAUUGUUCCAAAGCCAUUUUCAUGAUUAUUUUGAGAAAGCAGCAGCCUUUUUCUGUAAAAUAAUAAUAUAUUUUUGAAUAAAUUCACUUAAAAUGUAUGUAUUUAUUACAAUGAAAACAUGUAAAUGAAUCAGGUGUUUAACAAAAAUAUGGGGGCAAAGCAGCAGCCUUUUUCUGUUAAAUAAACCUAUAUUUUUGAUUAAAUAUAUUUAAAAUGUAUGUUUUUCUUACAGUGAAACCAUGUAAAUUCACCAGGUAUUUCACAAAAUCAUUUUGAUGAAGCAGCAGCCUUUUUCUGUUAAAUUAACCUAUAUUUUUGAUUAAAUAUACUUAAAAUGUAUGUUUUUCUUACAGUGAAACCAUGUAAAUUCACCAGGUAUUUCACAAAAUCAUUUUGAUGAAGCAGCAGCCUUUUUCUGUUAAAUAAACCUAUAUUUUUGAUUAAAUAUACUUAAAAUGUAUGUUUUUCUUACAGUGAAACCAUGUAAAUUCACCAGGUAUUUCACAAAAUCAUUUUGAUGAACCAGCAGCCUUUUUCUGUUAAAUAAACCUAUAUUUUUGAUUAAAUAUACUUAAAAUGUAUGUUUUUCUUACGGUGAAACCAUGUAAAUUUACCAGGUAUUUCACAAAAUAAUUUUGAUGAAGCAGCAGCCUUUUUCUGUGAAAUAAACCUAUAUUUUUGAAUAAAUAUACUUAAAAUGUAUGUUUUUCUUACAAUGAAACUGUGUAAAUUUACCAGGUAUUUCACAAAAUUAUUUUGAUGAAGCAGCAGCCUUUUUCUGUGAAAUAAACCUAUAUGUUUGAAUAAAUAUACUUAAAAUGUAUGUUUUUCUUACGGUGAAACCAUGUAAAUUUACCAGGUAUUUCACAAAAUUAUUUUGACGAAGCAGCAGCCUUUUUCUGUGAAAUAAACCUAUAUGUUUGAAUAAAUAUACUUAAAAUGUAUGUAUUUCCUAAAGUGAAAACAUGUAAAUUUUACAUUUUUUCCUCUUAAAGAGAAUCUGUAAUUUUUACCAAAUUGUUCUGGCAACCACAGCUGCCAAAAAGUUUUUGUAAAAACAACAAGAAAUUUUUU